AUGGGAGAAGUGAAUUUUGUGCAAGCAGAAGAUGCAAGACUGGAGACUACCCGGGCGAGAUUUUCAAAUGUCCUUAGAAGGCAUGGAGCACUAACAGAGCGCCUUUCUAGGGACUCUGACAAGAUGGUUUUUGAGCGCUUGCAAAGGGAAUUUGAAGCUGCCCGUGCUUCUCAAACUCAAGAAAUAUGGUUAGAUGGUGAGCAAUGGAAUGAUGGUUUAUUAGCUACCGUAAGGGAGCGGGUUCACAUGGAGGCUGAAAGAAAGGCAUCACAACUGUCAGGGGAUACAACUGCAUUGCCAGCAUUUCCUCAUGAAAAGAUAACUUACAGAGUUGGAAAUAAGACGAUUUGCUGUUUGGAAGGAGCCAGGAUUGGCAUUCAAUAUGAGACAUCAUUUGCAGGAGAACCUUGCGACCUCUACCAUUGUGUGCUUGAAAGCAAGUCAUUUCUUGAGAAAAUGACUCUUCUUGAACAUACAGUUCCAUUUUUCUUGCCAAUACGUGAAGCUGAAAAUGAUUUUCUCUCUUCAAAUGCAAUGAAAUUCAUAGACCACGUGGGAGAUUUAUUACAGGCUUUUGUUGAUAGACGGGAGCAGGUUCGUCUUAUAAAGGAACUUUAUGGAAAUCAAGUUGGAGAACUUUAUAACAGUCUUCCGUAUCAUAUGGUUGAAUUUGUGCUUGAUGAUUUUGAUUGCAAGGUUACAUUGAGUCUCAAGUACGCAGAUCUUCUGUCCAUAGUUCCUACAGAGGUCAGUGUCCUUGCAUGGCCGAUGCAUCAAUCAAAGAAAUCGAUCAGUGCUGUAACAACAAACAGGAAGGAAAACGAAGUAAUAGGAGGUCAACCUAUUCCUACUCGUUUGUCAUAUGCAGAGGAUGCAUUACGAACAAUGAGUUUACCUGAAGCAUAUGCGGAGAUUGUUUUGAACUUGCCCCAGAUUCUUAAAGAAAUAUACACACCACAAUAG